UAAAUUUGUGACGUUUUCUAUCUAAACAUAACAAAGGUCUAAUUUGAUAAACGAAGCAGCGUUAUUGUGGCGAAAUCUCACUUAAAUAAUUUAUUUUACUGUUUAGCUAGUGAAGUUUCAAUGAUUUAGCCCCUUCCAGUAUGAGUGAAACCGAUAAAACCAUGUACGGCACAACGCUGUCACUAGAAUCGAUCAAGGUGAUCGCAGAAAGUAUUGGCGUGGGCAGCCUACCCGAUGAUGCUGCGAAAGAACUGGCGGAUGAUGUUUCUUUCAAGCUCAAACAAAUCGUCCAAGAUGCUGCGAAGUUUAUGCACCAUUCAAAGCGCAUGAAGAUGUCUAUUGCCGAUAUAGAUCACUCGCUGAAAGUGCGCAACAUUGAGCCACAAUAUGGCUUCGUUUCGCCAGAUUUCAUUCCAUUUCGUUUUGCUUCCGGAGGAGGACGUGAGUUGCAUUUUAUCGAGGAGAAAGAAAUUGAUUUGGCGGACGUUAUACAAACGGCACCACCGAAAAUUCCUCUGGACAUAACGCUGAGGGCGCAUUGGCUUUGUGUGGAUGGGGUUCAACCUACAAUUCCAGAAAACCCACCCCCGCUUUCAAAGGAUGUUCAAGCAUUGGAUUCGGUUAAUCCGGUUCACAAGCUCGACAAGGCACACAUUAAGGAUACCACGGGCAAACCGGCUAUUUGGAAGGCGCAGAAGCUGAAGAAUGUUGAGACGGUCCAUGUGAAGCAACUGGCUACUCACGAGCUAUCAGUAGAGCAGCAGCUGUACUACAAGGAGAUCACCGAAGCUUGUGUCGGUUCGGAUGAGGCUAGAAGAGCGGAGGCACUUACAUCAUUGGCAUGUGAUCCAGGGCUGCAUGAGAUGUUGCCGAGGAUGUGUACUUUUAUUGCCGAGGGCGUAAAAGUUAAUGUAGUUCAGAAUAAUCUUGCUUUACUGAUAUAUCUCAUGAGAAUGGUGCGAGCGUUGUUGGACAAUCCGGCGUUGUAUUUGGAGAAAUAUCUUCAUGAAAUGAUUCCGUCUGUAUCAACGUGUAUCGUUUCUAGGCAGCUUUGCAUGCGUCCCGAGCUGGAUAAUCAUUGGGCUCUGCGGGAUUUUGCUGCCCGGCUGAUGGCACAGAUUUGUAAGAAUUUUAACACUUCGACGAACAACCUGCAGACACGUGUUACCAGACUCUUCAGUGCUGCCUUACAGAACGACAAGACGCCUUUAUCCUCCUUGUAUGGCGCAUUGGAGGGAUUGUCAGAGCUUGGAACGGAAGUGAUAAAAGUUUUCAUUAUUCCGCGAUUGAAGUUCAUCUCCGAGAGAGUAGAAGUCCAUCUACAAGGAAGUAAUAUAAGCGCAACUGACAAGAUUGCUGCUGGUCAUAUCCGAGCUAUGCUGCAAAAAGUGUGCUCUCCUAUCCUGAAAACACUUCGCAAUCCACCUGAUGUGGUGGAAGAAUACAAGAAGGACUAUGGAUUCCUUGGUCCGACACUGCAUCAAGGUGUCAUUAAAGCAAGAACUGCUCCUCCACCUACCCCUGCCUGUACAAGUGCAAGCAGUUCUGCUGCAAAUGUAUCGAUAGUAACCACCACAUCAAGCACACCGGCUAGACCUCAGACCCCACUUAUUUCUGGAGGUGGAAGUAAACCAUCUACUGGUUCCGGUUUACAGAGACAAUCUUCCACAGGCGGACAAUCAUCCAGUGGACAGCAGCAGAAGUACGUUAUAGUAACUCAACGUCAGCAAACUCCUUCUCCGUCCCAGGAUGAUUUUGUAGGUAUCAUACAACAGAGUCAACGCUCCAGUGGAAGUUCCGUGCAACCGGGAUUCAUAAAAUUGGAACCGAAUACUCAGAAAGUGGUGUUGCAGCAGGGACCUGCAGCAAAUGUGAUUACCAAACCGUUGUUUGUGAGCGGCGGUGGAACAGGCAGCAGCAGCUCGCAGCCUCCUCCGACAUUAGAGCUAGAUGAUCUGUCGCAUCUGGCUUAAUUUCGAAAUUAUGUGUGUUUCUCGUCGGUUUUUUGUACGUUUAGUGUUAGAAAAUUUAUUCUUGUGGCAGAAUAUAUUGAUGCAACAAA